GACAGCUGAGGAGAGGGGAGGCAGGAGAGCGAUGGGUUAAUAUGCUCUGGCUGAUUGACAGGUUGGAAACGUUGGGAUAUUAACACUACUCUAGUGGAAGAGAGAGGAGCACAGUGGGAGUGGGAGGGAGAGGUUUGAAAUACCUUGUAUCUGGUUCACGCGUACUUGCCAGCAUAACAGACGAGAGACAGAGAGAGAGAGUUGGCAUAAGGGCAGGAAAAGAGAGGGAGAGAGUUCAGUGUGGGCUACGUCUCAUGGGGAGAAGCACAUAGUCAAUACCCAGGUCUCCUGUAAACAUCUGUGAGCCUCCGCUAUAAAGCUGCUGUGCUACUGCAUGGAACCACAGAGCAAAGAGACAAAUAUCAUCUGCACUUCCAGUUGAAUUAAAAGUUUAGCAGAGGACAUACAUUAACUGUCCAGUACAGAGGAGCAGCUACAACAGUAGCUUGCAGGAUAUUUAUUUCUAUAGAUGCAAAAAAAGGCUGAGACAAACUGAACAGAGAUCAACGAACCGAACAGAAAAUGGCAACUACAGCAGCUCAGGAGCUCGAUGAGCUAUGUUAUCUGUCGGCACAGUCCCUGCCAAGCCUGAAGGUAUCUGAGCACUUCCAGGUGGUGAAGCUCCUGGGAGAGGGCUCCUAUGGAAAGGUCAUGCUGGCUGCACACAGGAAGAGAGGGACCCCAAUGGCUCUGAAAUUCUUCCCUCGACAGUCCACCUCCCUCACCUCUUUCCUGCGUGAAUACAACCUUUCUCUUUCCUACUGCACCCAUCCUUCUCUGACACGGGCGCUUGGCAUCUUCUUUUCUACACCCACCUACUACGUGUUUGCCCAGCAAGCUGGUCUAUAUGGUGACCUCUACAGUGUAAUAGUGUCAGAGGUUGGAAUAAAUGAAGAGUGCACCCAAAGGGUGAUGGCCCAGCUGAGUGGAGCUGUUACACACCUGCACUCCCUGGGCUUCGUCCACCGUGACAUCAAACCUGAGAACAUCUUUUUGUGUGACAGUUCCUGCCGCUGGGUUAAACUGGGUGACUUUGGGCUCGCCCGGGCCAUCGGCAGCACAGUACGUGCAGUCUGGUACGAGUCUCCCUUUUGCACCCCUGAGGUGGAGCCUGCCAAGGAGGGUGAGAAGGAAUGGAAGAGCAGGGAGAGUGAGGGGACUCAGGAGGAGAUGGAGGACAUUUGGAUAACAGUGGAGCCCUGCAUUGACAGCUGGGCUCUUGGUGUACUCACCUACUGCCUUUUAACAGGUUGUUUCCCCUGGGAGGAAAGCACUCAUGAUGACCGUGGCUACCGAAGAUACAAGCAGUGGUUUGACCGGGAGGCUGAAAAGGAAAAGAUCAGGGAGGACAAAUGGAGCAGUGGGGAGAAAACAGACAGCUACACAAUCAUGGAGGAAAACCAAAGAGACAACCCUCCUCCAUCACAGUUUCAGGGCCUCAGCUCACUGGUGAUGACUCUUUUUCGGGAGCUGCUCAACCCUCAGCCCAAACUGCGUGGAAGCCCCGAGGAGAUCUUGAGUUACCUGGGAGGAGCAUGGCUGAUGGAGACGGAGAAAGAGGAGCGGAGGAAAGCAGAGGAAGCCGAGAAGGAGGCCAGAAAAAUAAGAGAGGCAGGAGGUGUUGAAGAAGAGCUGGUACGGGAGGGAAGAGGGGAGAGAUAAACUUUGUCUUUGUUCAUAUGCAUAUUUUUAGGUAGAAUUAUAAUGAAUGUUUGAGAUGAUAAAUUAUGAGAUGCAACAGAUUUUUGUGUAUAAAAUAUAGACUUUACUGCACAUGUAAAUAUUUUGUAUACAACGAUUAUAGUAAAAUGGCGACUUCCAUUGAUGUAUAAAUUUCCGUGUCUGAGUGUAUGUGUUUUAAUGGUGUUUAAAUAA